UUUUAUCUUUUCUUUCACUUUCUGUAGAUCAUGCAAGUGCUGUGCUUGUUAUCACUGAUGCUCCUGGCUCACUCUUUACUUGUACAGUCUGUUUUUAAACAGGUAAAUAUACAUUGUGAUCAUGCAAGCAAUGAAACAGCAGCAUGUCUUCAUAAUGAUUCCUGCAACUGGAAAGUUGAAUUAGCGUUAUGUCACACUUUAGAGAUUAACUGCAUUGAUCUGGGUGCUACAAAAGCUGUGAGCUUCUGUAACUCAAGUAGAGAAUGUGGGUUCUCACAUUUUCCAUACAAACUAAAUGGUACUCUAGACUGCGAUAUCACAAAAGCUUCCCCAGCUGAUAACAAACACAAAAUUAAAUGUCAGCUUACUGAGGACUAUAAAAAGACUAUCUGCACUACUCAGGAAGAAUGCCACUGGAAUCCCAAUCUACGCUUUAAGGAUGUCAAUGAUGCAAGAUGUGUUGUCAUGCAUAAUGUAAGUCACUGCAUCAGAGCAAGUCCAGAAUUGAACUUGAAAGAACACCUAAACUGCACAAUAACGCCUGCAAAUAAUUUCUCUAGCAACAGGACAGAGAUUGGAGAUAUUUCUUCUACCAAUGGGACAGAGAUUGGAGAUAAUUCCUCUAACAAUGGGACAGAGAUUGGAGAUAAUUCUUCUAAAAAUGGGACAGAGACUGGAGAUAAUUCCUCUAACAAUGGGACAGAGAUUGGAGAUAAUUCCUCUAACAAUGGGACAGAGAUUGGAGAUAAUUCCUCUAACAAUGGGACAGAGAUUGGAGAUAAUUCCUCUAACAAUGGGACAGAGAUUGGAGAUAAUUCCUCUAACAAUGAGACAGAGAUUGGAGAUAAUUCCUCUAACAAUGGGACAGAGAUUGGAGAUAAUUCCUCUAACAAUGAGACAGAGAUUGGAGAUAAUUCCUCUAACAAUGGGACAGAGACUGGAAACGAAGUAUGGGCCUUCCUUCAGAAACCCAUUCCUAUUCCAUGCGGUGUACUCCUUGUCAUUGGAAUAAUCAUGAUAUUCAUUCUUAGUAUAGUGAUAUGGUGCGUCUACAAACACUACAGAAAGAGUAUAGUGAUAUGGUGCGUCUACAAACACUACAGAAAGACCUCAUAACAAAAGACUGACACGAAGACCAGGGCCAUGUGACUAAAUCAUCACAUCAAGAUGUGGAAUACAACUGGGGCCAUCCCAAUGUCAGCAAUAUCACAGCAUUAAAAAUAGAUGUGCCAAUAGUUACAGUCUUCAAGGAUCCCAUGUGCUACCAAAAAAGCAAGCUACAGCAAUAAACCUCACUUCUGUGAAGCAGAUCCCACAACAUUGGAAUGCUGCAUUUUUUUUUUUAAACUGACAGAAUCCAAGUAUUAUUUGUUUCAUUAAUAGGUCCUAAUAAAAUCUUUACCUGUUCUUCGUUUAAUUAUAUUAUUUUACUUACUUAUUUUUCACCUGGUGGCAUCACCUGUUUUAAAUCACACCAUUACUUAACUAUUUUACCUCAUAAUUAGCCCUAAGUUCCUCUGUUUUUUAAAAUGUGUUGCAGGCCUGAAUGGCAGAAAUGGAUGUAUAUUUACAAAUGAAAUGAACCCGGCCAGACAAAACAGAACUUAUCUUGUUUAUACUGAAAUACAAGUCAGAGUAAAAUUUCUAAAAUCACUGCUUCUGUCUUUUUCAUAACGUCCCAACUUUUUCAGAUUUGGGGCUGUAAGUACUUUACAGGUUCAGUAAUCUCAGAUUUUGAUUUACAAUGAAUUUUGAACAUCUGCGGAGACCAAAUAUGUGUUGAGGACUCUGAAAAAAUUUAGGGGACUGUAGGCUGUAGGACUUCCUGUAGUCCAGGAUAUGCUCCAAUAUUAAAGCCAUUUUUCUGGUUCUCUUUUAAAAUAAACUCACAGCACAAGUUUGGAGCAGAGCUGCACAUAGAUGACUUUUCUUCUUUUUUACUAUUUUCCACAUUUUGGAAUCACAGUGAAGACAACAAAACUAUGAAAUAACAAAAUUAACAGAAUAUAUUAACAAAAUAUAUUCUGUUUUAGUUUAUUUCAGAAUUUAGCCCCCUUUUGCCUUGAUGCCCACUCGCUCUUUCUCUGAAGCUGCUUCAAGUGGCUUUGUUGCCAACUAAAGAAAAUACAGAAUAAAUACAGAGGUAAAAACAAAAAAUAAAUAAAGAUAAAGAGGAGAAAUUCUGUUGCUGAAAACCACCUGUGGGGGUAUUUUAACAAAAUUCUAUGUUUUACAUUUUUUUAAUUCAGAGUUAAAAUGUCAUUUUGUAAAUAAUUUUGUACAUAGCCAUUAGCUUCAUUAUUUGUAUUUAUCUUAGUGACAGAUUUAAUUGUAAAGUUACUGGAAAAGUGAAUUUCCUGAAGAAAAUGCAGAGUUCUGUGCAGCUUAAGUAAGUCCCUGGUAUUGUGGGGUGAUUAAGGCAGUUGUAAUUACUUUUGAAACAAUCAAUUUUGCACCACCACUUUUGGAGGUGUGGUGCCACCCCUGAAGUGAAUAUACUUCAAAACGAUUCAUUUUGUGUUGAAAAUGAGCCUUUAGUGAACUUUGCUUAGUUUAUAUUAAAACUAUACUUAAUAUACUGUAAGUGUUAAACCUGAACCUCGAUGAAGUGUGAUUGAAACGAUACUCCCAAUGAAAUGUUCUGUAUUAUCAUGAUCUUAUUGGCAGUGUUGUAAUUAUUAGUGUUAAAUGUGAUGUCUGGCCAUGCUGAAUAAGUAAA